ACACACACACACACACACACACACACACACACUACAGCGGAAGUCAUUUUUUCAGAUCUAUCUUCCCUCCCAUAGCAGCACCUUAUAGUUAGACAGUACAUCUGAAGGUGAUGUCUCUCUGUUCGGACCAGAGAGAAGACGGAGAGAGCACCUCCGGCUCCUCAGAAGCUAAAACAGACCGUUAUGGAUUCCUGCUUGUUAAUGGAGAUACGAAUAACGACAGCAGUGAUGACCCCUGUCCUGAGUUGGUGAGACACCGUGAAAUGAAAUGGAUCACCCUUAUGAACCAGUGGGAUCAGGUACUUGAGAAGAAGCACAGUAAGAUAAAAGCUCAGUGUCAGAAGGGCAUCCCAGCAUCUGUCAGGGCCAGGUGCUGGCCCCUGCUUUGUGGAGCGAAACAGAGGAAAGAGAAUAACCAAGAUCUCUACAAAACUCUGGAGUCGUCCCCUGGUCAGCAAAGCUGGAUUGAUGUCAUCAAGAGAGACACAGACAGGCAGUUUCCCUUCCACGAGAUGUUUCAAUCCAAAGACAGCCAUGGGCAGCAGGGCUUGUUGCAGGUUCUGAAGGCGUACACUCAGUUUCGGCCUGACGAGGGGUACUGCCAGGCACAGGGUCCCGUGGCAGCAGUGCUACUAAUGAACAUGCCCAUAGAGGAAGCGUUCUGGUGUUUGGUACAGAUCAGCGAACUCUACCUCCCUGGCUACUACAGCCCCCUGCUGGAGGGAGUUUUGUUUGAUGCUGCAAUUCUUUUUAGCGUACUAAAAAGGACAUGUCCGGCUGCAUACAAACACAUGAAGAGACAAGGGGUGGAGCCUCUCAUGUUUGCCACGGAUUGGCUGAUGUGCCUGUAUAGCCGGCACCUGCCCUUUAACACUUUACUCCGGGUCUGGGACCUCUUCUUCUGCAAUGGUGUACGUGUGCUGUUUCAGGUGGCCGUGGUUUUAGUGCGCAGGUGCUUAGGGGAGGCUCGACAUCGGAAAGAGUGUGAUGGCCAGAUGGAGACUCUGGAGAGACUGCGGUCAGUUAGGGGGCGUGUCCAACAUGAACAAGCUGACGCCUUUAUUCAAGAGGUGUGUUCGGUACCCCUGUCCUUGGCAGAGCUUCAGCGACUGACUGAAAAGGAGUUAGAGAAAUGGAGGAAAGAGCGCCCAGGCUCGACCUUCGAUCCUCGAGAUCGUUGCCACGGACACUAUAUCAUAUGGGAGAAAGGGAAAGAAAGGGAGAAGGAGAACGUAAAGAAGGAGAGACAGAGCGGGAACCUGAGUGUUUCUGUGAUGCGUUCGCACUCGUCUCUCUCUCCAGCGAUCCUUCGUAAAAAAUGGAGGAAGAGAGGGAGUAAAACAGAGACUGAGGAGUGGGAGGGACGAGGGUCGUCAAAACAAGACAGUGACGAUGAGGAGAAAAGGAGGGCGAGCGUGUGCGGUGUAGCCGGAGAGCUACGGGCGAAGACACACAAGACACCACAGGAGUUCAGUACAAACUUACAGAAAGACCGGAACACAACCCCAAACACGGCGCGUAUAUCAGCCGCGGAAACACAGAAUCGUUCAGAAUCGACAGAUCACAGCGACACUGUGUUUGAGGAGGAUGAGAACGAUGCAGCGGUCAUCACCGUCCCAUCACACACAGACAGCGGCGAAUAUGAAGAAGAAACGAGGCCGCCUUCCGGCUCGAAAGACGACGAUUUACAAACAGGUAACUGUCAACAGGAGAUAGAAAAACAGCAUGGCACUGAGACACGGCAAGAUGAAGAAAAGAAAGUACAGACUCCCGGAGAGGACCAGGAUGAAGAAAUACAAAAAAGUCAAGAGCGUCACGAAACACAACAAGCGCAAUCACAACCUUCCCAACUAGAGGAAGAGGAAGCUGCAAGAAACAUACUUGAAGACGAAACACAAGAAAACAGAAGUGAGCAGGAAGAGGAAAUUGAAAAUAAAUCCUGUAAACCUGAAGAAGAGGUACAACUUAAUAUCAGCACACAAAAAGAGGACGUGAAUAUCACUCUACAGGAGGUGGAACCUGAGGUAAAUACUGACACACAGGAACAGGAAAUACAUAUCUGUACUUGUGAACAAGAGCUGGAAAAUGGAAUGAACAGUAAACAUGAAGAAGAAAUGCAGAUAAGUAGCAGUAAACAGGAAGAGGAAAUAGUGACAAAUAGCCAAGAACAAGAAGAAAUACAUCUGGUUGACUCUGAAGAGAUAAAUACUGCUAUCGGAAAUAAACAGGAAAAGGAAAUAAAGACAAAUAGAAGAGAACAGGAAGUGGAAAUACAGGAAGAAAGGGAAAUAAAGGCAAAGAGUAGUGAACAGGAAGUGGAAAUACAGGAAGAAAGGGAAAUAAAGGCAAACAGCAGCGAACAGGAAGUGGAAAUACAGGAAGAAAAUGAAAUAAAGGCAAACAGCAGUGAACAGGAAGUGGAAAUACAGGAAGAAAAUGAAAUAAAGGCAAACAGCAGUGAACAGGAAGUGGAAAUACAGGAAGAAAAUGAAAUAAAGGCAAACAGCAGUGAACAGGAAGUGGAAAUACAGGAAGAAAAUGAAAUAAAGGCAAACAGCAGUGAACAGGAAGUGGAAAUACAGGAAGAAAAUGAAAUAAAGGCAAACAGCAGUGAACAGGAAGUGGAAAUACAGGAAGAAAAUGAAAUAAAGGCAAACAGCAGCGAACAGGAAGUGGAAAUACAGAACGAAGACAGACCAUCAAAUAGUGAUGAUGAAGAAGAGAAGCUUAAAAAAUGUCUCGUACAUGAAGACGUGCCCAGAGAUGGGCAGAAGCAACAGGAAGACAGCGAACAAACAAAUGAAGUCGAACAAAGUUUGGAAACGGGAGAGGAAAUGCAUUCAAAUAUACAAACUCCGGAAGAUCAGAAGGAUGCAGAGGAACAAGCGCCCUCCGUUCAAGAGGAAGAUCAUGUGAAAGGUGAACUCUGUGAAAGUGUAAGCAGUACAGAUGUGAAAAGGACACAGCAAGAGCAGGAAGGUGAGACAGAGCAUUCAGAAGAGAUGGAGAAAGAAGCACGGAUUAGUGAUGCAGCACCAGGGGAGGAAACAGAGGGAACCGUCAUGGAUGAAGAAAAGAGAAGUAGCAAUAAUCUCACAGCAGAUCAAGAGGAAUCAGAAACAGCAGCAGCUUCACCUUGUGUUCAACCAGAAAUAGUGAUGGAACAUUCUGGAGACUCAGAGACUCCACAGGACUCCAACCAGACACAGGGUGAAAACAUAGAUGUUAACAAAAUCUCCACAUCUGAGCAUGGAGAACCUGAUGGAACCAGUGGAUCUAGCAAUCCAGAGCUUCCACAACCAGACAACGAAGAAGAGGAAUCCAAAAUAGAGAUAAAUAUUGCAACCGAGUCAAACCUGGUCAAACCCGCUCUCUCUGGCUCAAACCCACAGCUCCGCCUUCGCAGGUCCUCCAGCUCCCACACCUACUAUCCCACAAUCCUCUCUGAGGACACUUUCAGGGACCCGCAACAAUGUGUCAAACAAGAGUCAUGCCCCCAAACCACAAAGGCAGAAGAGUCAGAUAUCGCACAGCCGACACAAACACAGCUCUCCAAACAGGAGGAGGGUCUACAGAAACCACAAACACAAGCUCUCCCAAAGUCAGAGAAACCCAAACGCAGGGGUCUGUUUCACCGGCUCAGGGCCGACACGCCUUCCAAAUCCGCCAUCCCCAAAAUUGUCAUCCAGGACUUCAGUGAGGGAGAGGAGAAGCUGAGCUCUAAAGAGAGGAGGCGGCGGAGGAGGAUGCAGGAGAGGAAAGAAAAGGAGGAGGAGAAGGAGAGGAAGAAGCUAGAGAAAGAGCUGGAGAAGGAAAAAGGGCGGGAGAGGAAAAAGCCUCAGACCAGAGGGAAGAGUUUUCAGGUGCUCAGUAGAAAGCAGGAUGAUGAUGACAAUGAUGUUUUCUCUGGGAAGAGCGGCUCUCAGACGGUAGGACGGAAAAGGAACUCUUAUUCGGAGAGUUACUUCUGACUGAAGGACACACUGACACUUCUCAGCAUUUUUAGCUAAAUGGAUUAUAGUAUGAUCGCAGUUGAAAAAUGCUAUGUGCUAAACAUUACCGAGCAAGAAGGCUGUAAAGAACACUGACCAUCAGUGUUACCCAAAACGGUGAAGGAAAUCCAUCCAUCCAUCCAUCUUCUAUACCGCUUACUCCUUUUCAGGGUCACGGGGAAACCUGGAGCCUAUCCCAGGGAGCAUCGGGCACAAGGUGGGGUACACCCUGGACAGGGUGCCAAGGGGAAAGAAAUAAAGCUUCAAAAGACAUUCACCCCAAACCCCAACCUUGGUUUACGUGAACAGCAAGUGGAGCCGAGCUUCUUGACGGAAAUGUAAAAAUCACAUCAUGUUAUAGUAGUAGUAAUAAUAAUAAUAAUAAUAAUAAUAAAGAUGUAAUGGUUCUCUUUAUAGAGAAAUGCUCGUAAAACUCAUUCCUCUUUUCAGAGCAACUGUUAACAUCUGUGUAUAUACAUUUGAUCAUUAAAGCAAAAUGUGCUGGUUUUUGCUAUUGUAA